UCUAAAACCUUCUGCUGUGAAUGAAUGAAGAAGAUAGUGGAAAUGUUACGGAGGAGUGGCUGACAUGGGACCGAAGGUUGUGCUGUUGAAGAAGUUGAAUAUUGUUCUUUUUAUUUACCGUCUUCUCUGAUUUUGCUUUGCCUGUUUCCCAGUAAAAGAAAGAGUCAUGGAUGAAGACAGAUCUUUUAAUAGCAUCGAUGUGCACAGACUAUUUAUUGGAGCUGGAUGCAACAGAAUUGUUAAUACAGUUGCCUGGGGUCCAUCUGGUUUGGUUGCUUUUGGUGCUCACAAUGCAGUAGCGAUAUUUCAGCCACAGGCAGCUAGAAUAUUGACUACACUUCCAGGUCAUAAAGAUAUUGUAAACUGCGUGGAAUGGCUUCCCCGGAAUAAGGAUAUUUGCAAACAUGACUAUGGUUCACUGGAAGAACAGUUCCUGCUAUCUGGAAGUGCUGAUGGAGUCAUCAUAAUUUGGGCUUAUCUUCCUUCACAGAGCAAGUGCAGACAGGUAUCGCAGGUGCCAAAAUCUCAUGAAAAAGGUGUCACCUGCAUUUCUGGUGCUAUGCUUAAUAAUCUUGAAGGACUCUUCGCAUCAUCCUCCUCAGAUGGCACUGUUUGUGUAUGGGAAGUUGGGUUUCCAAGCCAGUCUGGAGGUGACUGUAAUUUGUCAAUGCUGCAAACUAUACAUGUGGGUACAAGAACAAUGGUUGCUCUUGCCCUUGCUGAAUUGCCAGGAAAUGCUGCAGAUUGGAUUUUAGCUAUGGGAGGACUUGACAACAAGGUUCAUCUAUAUGUUAGUGAAAGGAGGGGGAAGUUUGUACCUGCAUGUGAACUGAAAGGCCAUCAAGAUUGGAUACGCAGUUUGGAUUUUUCAAUUCCUACAAUAGCUGAGGAGAGGAUGGAGAUUUUUGUUACAAGUUCCUCCCAAGAUAAAACUAUUAGGAUAUGGAAAGUAUCAUUUCAUAGUUAUUUGAGUGAACAUAAAGAGGAGGCACAAAGCAUCCAAAGUGUUAGUUUGAAAACAUAUAUUGAAGGACCCAUGUUUAAAUUGGGCACAUCUGUAUGGCAAGUUUCUCUAGAAUCUCUUCUUGUUGGACAUGAAGAUUGGGUAUAUUCUGUAAGUUGGCAACCUCCUUUGAAGAUUUCUAUUGAUGACAACAAUGCUUGCUGGAUACAACCUCAGAGUAUUUUAUCCGCAUCAAUGGACAGGACAAUGAUGAUAUGGAGACCUGACAGGAAGACAGGAAUCUGGAUCAAUGAUGUUACAGUUGGAGAAUUAAGUCAUUCUGCUUUAGGGUUUUAUGGGGGUCUAUGGAGUCCUAAAGGAGAUGCCAUUUUGGCUCAUGGAUAUGGUGGAUCUUUCCAUCUUUGGAAAAAUGUUGGUCUUUCAGUUGAAGAUUGGCAGCCUCAGCUAGUUCCGUCGGGGCAUUCUGCAGCAGUAUUAGAUCUGGGAUGGGCUAAAUCUAGGCAGUUUAUACUGUCAGCCAGUCAUGAUCAGACAACUCGAAUUUUUGCUCCCUGGGAAAGGCACAAGGAUGGCAAGUUAGAAAUAUCAUGGCAUGAAAUUGCUCGUCCACAAGUCCAUGGUCAUGAUAUAAACUGUAUGGCUAUUAUAAAAGGAGAAGGAAACCAUCGUUAUGUUAGUGGAGCGGAUGAAAAAGUUGGAAGGGUCUUUGAGGCCCCACUAUCAUUUCUACAGACUUUGCAGCACACUGCCUGGGGACAUUUGGGAAAGCAAGAUGUUAACAAUGAAGACAUCCAAAUUUUGGGUGCCAAUAUGUCUGCACUUGGAUUAUCUCAAAAGCCUAUCUAUGUUCAUGCAAGUACCACAAGGGCUUCAGUUGCAUCUUCUCAAGAUUUUUCAGAUGGAAUGGAAACUAUUCCAGAAGCUGUUCCUGUUGUGUUAACAGAGCCUCCCCUUGAAGAAAACUUGUCCUGGAAUACUUUAUGGCCUGAAUCUCACAAGCUUUAUGGUCAUGGUAAUGAACUAUUUACCAUGUGCUGCAAUCAUGAAGGGAAGAUUAUUGCAACAGCUUGCAAGGCACAAUCAUCAAAUGUAGCAGAGAUAUGGCUAUGGCAAGUAGGCUCAUGGAGAGCCAUCGGUCGACUUCAUUCUCAUGCUCUGACUGUAACACAAAUGGAAUUCUCCCGUGAUGAUCAUUUCCUGCUGUCAGUAUCGAGGGAUCGGCAUUUUUCUGUAUUUCGGCUAGAGAAAAAUGGAACCGAUGAGGUUAAAUAUGAACUUGUUGCAAGACAUGAUGCACACAAAAGAAUAAUCUGGUCAUGUUCAUGGAACACAUGCCAUCAUGUAUUUGCGACAGGAUCGAGAGAUAGGACGGUCAAAAUAUGGAAAAUAACGGAAUCCAAGAGCGAAAGUUAUGUUACAGAGCAAUUGAGUCUUCCUCAAUUCAGUAGCAGUGUUACAGCUGUAUCAUGGUCUCCACGUAGCAAUUUCAAAGAUGAUCUACUUGCAGUUGGCAUGGAAAAUGGACUUAUUGACAUCUGGAGGGUUACUUUGCAAGACAUGACCCCUGGAGGAGAACAUUUGCAGCCACAUCAAAGAUUUGACACUGUGACAGCUUCUAAAAUUAUAGGACUAGACAUUUACCUAUCUCAUGUGGCUACUGUUCACCGUUUGGUUUGGAGAGAAACCUCUGAAAGUGAAAAUAGUACGCUAGUUAACUCUUCAUCCACAGUUAUGCAACUAGCUUCUUGUGGGGCUGAUCAUACUGUUAGGAUAUUCAAUGUAGUAAUAGCGUGAGAUCUUGAGCCCUUCCAUGUAACACUGAAUCAGAUAAACUGUCAACCUUAUUUCUGUAGACCUAUUAGAAGGAUUAUGUAUUCAUGGAAGAGAUGUUUUUGACAUAUGUCGAUUAUGGAAGAAAAAAAAUCUUAUGUUUACCGGGAGAA